CACUGAUCAACGCUCGCAUUGGCACCCCCCUGUCGCUUAUCUCUCCCAUCACCACCACCACCAGAGACCUCCUAACCACUCCCCCUUCCCUCGCUGCCUCUGCUGCGCUUCAUCAUGGGGCACUUUGCCAGGUCGGCCGUCUUGUCGACGGUCCUGUUGGCUCUUGCUGCCUCCACCAACGCCGUUCUGACGGCGCCUACUGCUGCCAUCGAUGCAUUGAAGCAAGACGAUGCUCGUGCAUACGCCCACGACUUUGCUCUAAAUAUUGGCAAAGAUGUCCCCGCGGUUCACCAUGUCCAGCAGCGCAAGUCGCUCGGCUUUGGUCCCCACCACCGCCAUCGCAAAUUCGUCACAGAGCCCGCCCAGACCUCGUCGUUGAUGCCGCCAUCCGCAAAGACGUCAUCCAUCCACGAGGCUGCCCUCGAUUUGGCCAGGUCGCUCGUGGGGGGCAAAGGAAGCUUUUACGUCCGUGAUGACUCGUACCUCGAUCGUCAGAGCGGACUCUAUUAUGCCUAUGUAAAGCAGACGAUCAAUGGGCUUGUCGUCGAGGAUGGCGACCUCAACGUUGUCUUUUCUCCAGAAGGCGAGGUCCUUACGUAUGGUACCUCGCUCUAUCGCGGAGAGGUGCCUGAGCUUGCCACCAAUCCUAUACAUGCUUCGGCAGACGGCGAGCUGAGCGAGGCGCGCUGCGCAUCGAUUCGCGCCACCAUCGAUUCGCUGACCUCCACGGAGGGACACUCAUACACGAAGCGCGAUCAGAUCGUCUUUGCUCAGGGCAAAGAGGACGCGGAUGCGCUCCGGUCGCUUCAGGAUGACCUCUACCUCUACUGCGAUGACCCGUCAGACUCGCCUUACCUUCGCGGUCUCGACCUUGGCUCUAGGCUUCCUGGGUCCAUUGCCCUUGCCAAGGGCCGCGUCAUUGGCGGCAACCGGGCCCAAAUUGUGGACCCGCGCCUUGCUGUGCUCAACUUUGUCUCGGAGGCAACUGCCGAUGAGGAACUUGCGGCCUCGCUCGCUGCAUCCUCAAGCCAGCGCGAAGAGCAAGCUGCCUCGAUUGUCUCCACAUUUGAGCACUCCAUGCGCGCAGAUGGCCACGAGUACGGCACUGAGAAGAUGCAUUCGGUACCUGGAACUACGGGCCCUGUCUCGGCACGCCUAAGCUACGUCCAGUCGAGCGAGGGUAAGCUCAACCUUGUCUGGAGUCUCGAGGUUCCGAUGGACCACGACGCAAAUUCGAACCUGUACCAGGCCACUGUUGAUGCCACAACGGCCGAGGUUCGUUCCGUCGUCGACUGGGUCCAGAGCGCACCGGCCCAUGCCCACAGAGCAUCAGAAGAAGACGAGGGAGUGGCUCAGGAAGCACUCUACAAGGUCAUCCGGUGGGGACUCAACGACCCCAGCGAAGGCAACCGCACCCUGGAGGCGGGCAUUCACGACUACUCUGCCUCGCCCUACGGUUGGCACUCGAUUCCUGCUUCCAAGAAGGCCGACAAGCACUUUAGCGACACCCGUGGAAACAAUGUCUUUGCCUCGGCCUUUGGAAGCGGAAUGGACGACUGGGAGGUACCCGACCGUGCUCGUCCGGUCGGCAAGAAGGCCGACAAUGGAUCUCUGAUCUUUGACUUCCCCUUCCCCUGGCGCAAUGCAAACGCACAGCACGACCCUCUGGACCCUGAAAAGUAUGCCGACGCCUCGACGGUGGAGCUCUUUUAUCUCAUCAAUGCCUACCACGACCUCCUCUACCUUUAUGGCUUUACCCCUGCCGCAGGCAACUUUGAGGAGGCCGAGGCCGAGGAAGGCGGCAAGGGUGGCGACGCCAUUGCUGCCUACUCCCAGUCCAGCGCCGGCACCAACAAUGCCGACUUCACGAGCCCUCCUGAUGGAUCUCGUCCUCGCGUGCGCAUGUACAAGUGGCACACCAAGGAGAAUGCCACGGACCGCGAUGGAGACUUUGAGCAGGGUAUCGUUCUGCACGAGGUCACCCACGGUGUCUCCACCCGUCUCACGGGUGGGCCUGCUGAUUCGAGCUGCCUGGGCUGGGGCGAAGCUGGAGGCAUGGGCGAGGGAUGGGGCGACUUUUUCGCGACCAUCGUCCGACGAAAGACGCCAACGAGGGACAUCUACACCAUGGGCAGCUGGGCCUCGCACAACAAGAAGGGAAUCCGCCGCUAUCCUUACUCGACGAAUCUGACCAUCAACCCAGAGACGUACAAGACCCUCGACUCGCCCGGCUACUGGGGCGUGCACGCCAUUGGCGAGGUCUGGGCAGGAAUGCUGUAUCAGGUCGAAGAAGGUCUGAGGGCCAAGCUUGGAUGGUCACCCGAUCUCUUCCCUCCUACGGCCAAUGCGACGCAGAAGGAGCAGGACGAAUUCUUCCUCGGUGAUGACGAGCUGGACAAGCUCCUGGGCGGCAAGAAGCGCGCCAGCCAGCGCCGUGUUCCUCGGCAUGGCAACACCCUUGCCUUCCAGCUCAUCAUUGACGGCAUGAAGCUGCAGCCCUGCCGGCCGGGCUUCUUUGAGGCCAGGGACGCCAUUAUCAAAGCCGACGAGCAUCUGACCGGUGGCGCAAACCAGUGCCUCAUCUGGGAGCGCUUCGCUCAGCGCGGCCUGGGCACAGACGCAAAGGUCGUAGGACGGACGCCCUGGGGAGGCGGAAUCCGCACGGACGGCCAUGCUGUGCCCUCCAAGUGCAAGUCCAAAGAGGCCUAGCCGCAUCGCCUCUUGCCUGGUUGCGCGACACAACAUUAUGACACGAAUCUCUGCUUUCUCAAUGAUGAAUCUGCAUGUCCAAAGAGUGUUGCUUUAUAUGACUGAAUCGUCGAGAUGUGGGCGCCUCUUGAGUCUUAAAGGACAGAGAAGGAAGGGCCUGCAAGAUAGGCGUUGCUCUUCUCAGCGCUCACGAACAGGUAGCACAGAGAACGAGAAUCACA